AUGGUGCAGUUGGCUAUAAAUUUAUUUUUUAAUACUCUUAAGGUACACUUCAGCUUCGUGUUUGCUUAUGGCCAGACUGGCAGCGGAAAGACUUAUAUUAUUUGGGGUCCAGCAAAUGCCUUGUUUGAAGAAAAUUUAUCAAGCGAUCAGCAAGGCUUAACUCCUCGUGUUCAGCAUUUAUUUGAUCGUAUAAAUGAGGAGCAAAUUAAGCAUGCUGAUAAACAUCUCAAGUAUCAAAUCUGCUAUUCUUUUCUUGAGAUAUACAAUGAGAAAGUAACAGAUUUAUUGGAUCCAAAUCAAAGAAACCUGCAGAUAAGAGAAGAUGUAAAAUAUGGCGUAUAUGUUGAGAAUUUGAAAGAAGAGUAUGUGCAUUCAAUGAAGGGAUUGACUAAGCUAUUGCUAAAGGGAUUAUCAAGUAGAAGGACAUGUGUAACUAGUAUCAAUGCUGAAUGUUCUCAUUCCCAUAGUGUUUUAACUUGUGUUGUUGAAUCUCGAUGCAAGAGUGUAGCCAAUGGUGUAAGUUACUUUAAAACAAGCCGGAUAAAUUUCAUUGAUCUAGUUGGCUCAAAGCGACAAAAGUUAACUGGUGCUGCAGAGGAGCGAUUAAAAGAGGCAGGCAAUAUUAAUCGUUCACUCUCGCAGCUUGGGGAAAGGUGUGUUCUUGUUGGGGCAAAAAGGGUGAUUGCUGGUUGGGGUGAAAAUGGUGGCCUUCGGUUGGGUAAAGUGGGCGGCUUCCAAGCUAGGUUAGACUCGGAUCGGGCCUCAGUCUUCCUUCACUUGAUUAUCUUUGCAUGGAACAUGCCUCAAUAUAGAGGUAGCAACUUGCCAGCCCAGGUGUAUGGCCUUGACGCCAUUUCUUUCCCUGACUUGAUUGCUCGAUCAAAUUUGUUUCUCCAAACAGGUCUUCCAACUGAAGCAUGA